UUAUGGUCUUUUUUUUUAGAUCUCAUUACCCCCUGUUAUGGCGAUGGAAAGAAUCCCUUCACCCCAAAUUAUCCAGAACACGCAGAUUCAGAGAUGUUGAACCCAAUACAGAAUUAUACCUAUGACUUCUUUAACGAGUUUUUCAAAGAAGUAAAAGAUGUUUUUAAGGAUGAAUAUAUUCACCUCGGAAUGGACGAGGUUUACCCUGGCUGUUGGAAAUCUAACCCUGACAUUAAGGAUUUCAUGGAGAGAAACGGGAUGACAAAGAUCAGCGAAGUAGAACAAUAUUAUGUAGACAGAACCCUGGCGAAUGUUAAGUCAAUGGGUUACAAGUACAUGAUCUGGCAAGAUCCUAUUGAUAACGGUGUUAAGGCUGCCGAAGAUACCAUUGUUCAGGUUUGGAAAGACAAGUACUUGGACUCCAAGUUAGAUUACUGGUACAACUACAUUAAAGAUAUCGCUGCUAAAAAUUAUAGCAUGGUGCUCUCUGCCCCAUGGUACCUAAACUACAUCAGCUACGGACAAAGCUGGAAGAAGUAUUACGAAGCAGACCCCCGGGGUUUUACAGGAACGGAAGAACAGAAAGACCUGGUAAUUGGAGGAGAAGCCUGUAUGUGGGGAGAAUAUGUAGACGGGACUAACAUUAUCCCUCGCUUGUGGCCUUCGGCAUCAGCAGUAGGAGAAAGACUUUGGAGCCGCGAGGACGUCACAGACGUUGAAAGUGCUAAGUUUAGGCUAGAUGAACAACGUUGUCGUAUGCUAAGAAGGGGCAUUCCUACCCAACCAAUUCUGAAUGGUUACUGCGGCGACUACGAGUGGGAGAUGUAUGAGGAGAAACCUUCUUCUGCGCACACGGUUUAUGCUAACUUAACUGUAUCUGUAUUCGUUUCUUUAGUAUGUUUGAUUUACACUGGCAUAUUUUAAAUUGUUACAGCGUCACCUAUCUACAGUUUUCGUAAACCAAACAUUACGUAUAUGAUUUCGAUUCUUUAAAGAUUUUGCUGAUCAUAGUGUUAUAGUCUAAUGAUAAAUAGUUGACCACGGCAACAGUUGUAAACAUCUUUAAUGAACGUUUCGGAAUUAAACAUGUUUUAUCUUCAGCAAAUCUAUGAUAAUAACGAAUUGAACAAUCUUUAGUAUAAUUACUAAUAUAAAAAUACAAUAAACAGUUUUAGGAAAUUAUAAAAUAUUGAAUUUCGAAGAGAGAGAACUAUUUUAAUAAAGCAAGGGGAAAGAAUUGAAAUUUUUGACGAGGCUUGAAUUUUCAUUCAUGGUAUUAUGGAGAGUUAGGCGGAGUUUGAUGUUUAAGUCCAACUUUGUUAGAAACUCCCAUGUGUUCCGAGGCACGUAUUUGUAAAUGGCGAGAAAUCUUGCCUAAGUAGGUCGCUUUACAGCUACCACAUGUAUAUUUAUAUUUACCUUCACUUUUACGUUCAAAGGUCGUACAUAAAUAUACAAAUAUAUAUAAUUUCCUAAAACUGUUUAUUGUAUUUUCAUAUUAUUAAUUAUACUAAAUAUUGUUCAUUUCGUUAUUAUCAUAGAUUUGCUGAAGAUAAAACAUAUUUAAUUCCGAAACGUUCAUUAAAGGUGUUUACAAUUGUUGCCAUGACUCUGCUAUUCAUUAUCAGACUUCAUUUUCUACCAAAUGAAUCAAGUUUUAUACUCUGUUCUAGGAGAAAUCAUUAGAUCAUAGUGAAAACAAAUUAAUUUAUAUUGAGUAUUCAUUACAGCGUUUAGUUUAGCGUAGUAUUUGAUUGAUAAUUCGCCUACUUAGUAUUGGAGUUGUUUCUUGUAGCCAGUGGUAUUUUUAUGAAAUAAAAAACUUUGGUGUGCUUA